AUGGUUGGUACAGCCGCGAAGCCCCUUGCGGGGGAUGGCGCUGUCGAGAAUCGCGAGAUCGAGACGUCAAACAGCUCCACGCGGACUUUAACCCCCCGAGAGAGCGAAGAGCGCCAAGAGAAGAAGUCGGAAGAGAAGCCUUCCGAGGUCGAAAUCGCGAGCGAGGCGCCAAAGGAAAAGCGGCCGCUCCAGUCAUCGGCAAUCUCGUCAAACGAGAGCCAACUAGAUGUUUCGAAGCAGCCAGAUAUGGAUGAGAAGGCUGACCUCGAGGGACCGCCGGCGAUAGGUCCACCGGUUGAGGUGGAUGAAGCCGAGGAAAACUUUAAGCCCAAGACCGUUACUUUCUGGCUUGUCAUUCUAUCCAACUUUGUGGCCAUGUUUCUGGUCGCCCUAGAUCGCACGAUUAUUGCAACGGCAAUCCCUCGUAUCACCGACGAAUUCCAGAGCCUAGGCGAUAUUGGUUGGUACGGCUCGGCUUACAUGCUGACAACCGCGGCUUCACAACUGGUUUUUGGUAGAAUCUACAAAUUCUACGAUCUGAGAGUGUCAUUCUUGAGCAGCAUCCUAAUUUUUGAAAUCGGUUCCCUCAUUUGUGGUGUUGCGCCGAGUUCCCCGGUGCUCAUUGCGGGUAGAGCCGUUGCCGGCGUCGGCUCGGCUGGUAUAUUCACAGGCGCUAUGAUGGUCAUGAUCCCCAUGAUCCCGUUGCACAAGCGACCGAUGUUUCAAGGAAUUUUCGGUAUGGUGUUUGGCCUGGCCUCUGUGAUAGGCCCCUUGGUUGGUGGUGGUUUCACAGGCACUGUUACCUGGAGAUGGUGCUUCUACAUCAACCUUCCCGUGGGAGGCGUAGCCUUUUUAUUUCUUUUCUUCAUGCUCAGGGCACCCAAGCGACAGGCCCAGGAGCCGGUGACGCUGUACCAGCACUUCAAGCGACUCGACCCCCUGGGGACGUUGUUUUUCCUCCCGUCCAUUGUGUCCCUCCUCUUGGCGUUGGAGUGGGGUGGUUCUGAAUACGAGUGGAACGACGGCCGCAUCAUUGCCCUCUUCGUUGUGUUCGGUGUUGGUUUUGCUGCAUUCGCUGCAGUACAGGUCCUCAUGCCCAAAACAGCCACGGUUCCCCUCAGAAUCAUCAAGCAGAGGACGAUGCUGGCCGGUGCCUUCUUUAUGCUCUUUCUGGCUGGCUCUAUGAUGCUGGCAGUAUACUACCUGCCCAUUUGGUUCCAGGCCGUUCAGGGGGCCGAUCCUGUCAAUUCAGGAAUCUAUACCAUACCACUGGUUCUCAGCAUCGUCGUGUCUUCCAUCAUAUCGGGCGGGACGACGCAGAAAAUUGGGUACUACGUGCCGUCUAUGAUCCUCUGCCCAUGCAUCAUGUCCGUGGGUCUUGGUCUAAUGAGCACAUUCCAGCCAGGCAUCAGCUCGGGGCAUUGGAUCGGAUACCAGUUCCUGACCGGAUUCGGCCUUGGAUUUGGUAUGCAGACUGUCGGACUCGCGGUGCAGGCAGUGCUGCCCAAAGAAGAUGUGUCAACGGGCGUCUCGAUCAGUUUCUUUGCUCAGCAGCUGGGGGCGGCUGUGUUCGUCUCGGUUGGACAAUCCAUUCUUAGCAACUUGCUGGUGUCUGAGCUGUCGGGAAUACCUGGCUUGCCAGCUCAAGCCAUCGUCAAAACCGGUGCCACCAACUUGCACAAGGCUGUUCCGGCCGAGUUUCUCGGCGACGUCGUCCGGGCUUACAACUACGCCUGCACGCGGAUCUUCCUUGCCGGUAUGGCGCUGUCCCUGGCGACGCUCAUCUGUGCGCUUUGUAUGGAGUGGAAGAAUAUCAAGAAGAACAAGCAGCAGCAGCGGGCUAGGCAACGUGCGAGUCAGUUGAGACCAGGGGACAUGGGGGCGUGA